AAGAAGGCAUAAAUUGCCUUUUACGCGAAUUUCAUAACGGCUACCUAGAGAAAAUCGGGGCAAACCCACACACGUAUCUAACAAUGAGUGGAUAUCUGGGAGACCUCUCUGCUUCUCAACAAAAGAGCCUUGAGGAAUUUAAAGGAAUGUUAACAACAGAGACCAUUAGUGAUGAGGUAAGGUAAACUAUGACCGGUAGGGAUCGAGAUCCCAAUGAAAUCUUGGAUCCGUUUAUUACCACUGCUGUACCUAGGCGCGAUAAGUUUUUUUUUCACGUGUGAAUGCUAACAAAGCUAUUUCGUGUGGAGCUGUUGGCUAAUAAAUUGUUUGGAGGCUAACAUCCGAUCUUUCCUGUAUGUUUACGUCGGGAUGCGAUGUAAUAAAAGUUAAAUUAGCUCUGAGCUUAUAUUUACGAUUCGUUGUUAAAACCCUGAAAAGUAAAAUGAUUUUUUAAUAAAUGAUGUGGAAAUGAGCUAUUGAAAUAAGCAAAAUUUCCGCUUUGUGCCCCUUCUUUGUCGCAAAGCUGUGUCACUACGGUAUGCUUUUUCAAGGUCGAUGAAAAUUACUCUGGAGAACUCAGCUUCCCAAGCAAGAAAUUACUGAAUGUAUUAAUCAACGAAUAUUAAUGACCAACUUCAUACGAUCGAUGUUUACAUGACCGUUCAGUCCCUGGAGCUCGAUAUCACCCCUCACGAUAAAUGCAGUAUAUUUAUAGAUCACCUGCACGUUGGCACGUCAUUUUCAUAAUCCCCUCUUUGCAAUAAUACAACGUGUGGAUUACGUCUAGGUGCAUGUAUUACGUGAUAUUUUUUGUGCCGAUGCUGACGGAAAGUAAACAUAGAAUUAGGAAUGCAUCUCCCCGAUGUUUCAGCAACUCUUAUAAAAUCUUUCGUUUUUCAAAGGUUUUAUCGCAUUAUGCAUGAAUUUAUAACUUGCUUCACAAUUAGCUAUUAUAAUAUUAAUUGUAAAUAUAUUAAACAAAGGGAAAGGACCUGUUCGCGAAAAAAUAUAUUAUUUAAUUGUUUUUUUUAAUUGUUUGUUGUUUGAUUGUAACGUUCAGCUUUCCUUUGUGGAGAUAUUUUCUUAUUGCCUCAAAAGUGGGAAAAUUAUAAAUAUAUUUUAUGAAAAACUUGAUCUGAUUUAUAGUAGUUAGAAAAUAUUGACAAAAUCAUCUUUUUUUUCUUAUUAAGGUUGUGUAAUUUUCAGCAGUUUCUUUGAGAUAAAUGUUUAACUUGCCUGGCUUUAUGAAAUUAUGCAAACUUGGAAUAUUCAUAAUUUAAAUAAGAGAGGCUCUUUUACAAAACGUUUGUGACGGUGAUUGUUUGAAAGUGUAAAUUAUGAAAUUUUCUGGUAUCAGAGCAUGCACAAAUUAUUUCAGCAGAACAACACCUGUCUGUCAAGUUGGGUUAAUAUCUUCUCUCAAAUCUGAAAGGGUGUAAGUUGGUUUGUAGGUAGUGCUUUGCUAUUGAUACUGCUAUAUUUAAAAAGCAAGAACAAAGAAGGCCAGAAAUCUUUUCAUCAUAAUGAAGUCAGUUUGUGCUUAUAAUUAGUAUUAUGUUCUAUUGUUUAGGAUGUUCAGAAGGUUUCCAAUUUCAAGAAUAAUUAUUAGAAAUUCACAACUGUUAAUUAGCUGGGUUUAGUUUACGUUGAUUCUGAUGAAUUCUGGAAAUUUUUUUGCAUAGAAUUUCAAGUUACCUUACCUUGGAGAAAAAUCUUCUUAAUCAUUACAUUGUGGUCACACUUUUUGCUCAGAAUUUUUUCACAAAUACACUAAACAAAACUACUUAUUUCCAAACUUGUUGUCAACUUUCCAAUGCUAUGGAAUGAUUUUUAGCAUUUAUUUAAAAAAAAAAAACAAUGAUAAUUUCCUAGCAAAAUCUUUACAACUUUACAUGCACUUUAUUUUUAUAUUCCCUAAACUACAAAAGGCUGAUCAUUUUUGAAAGUGUGUUCCUUCACGGUAUAAAAGAUGUUGUAUCUCAUUGUAAAACUUAAACUGUCAUCUGCAAAGCUAGAAAACUUGCUGGACAUUUCCUAAUGUGUUUUUUUUUCAUAAGUUUUGUUGUGUGUGAUUUUUAAGAUUAUCUGCAUAUCAAGGCCAGCAAGGAUAUAAAAUCUGGUCUUAUUCUUCUCAAUUUCCUAAUGUUAACCCUUUAGAGCCUAACAUCAGUGUGUACAUUCUCCUUAAUAUUCUGUAUGCAUUUCCUAAGGUGUUGUUGAGGAGAAUGUGUUUCACAAUCAAGAGCUUUUUUAAUUGGUGAUCGUUUCCUUUAUUCUCCUGAUCUUGAUGUAUGAUUUAGGGAUGAUACUGUGAGGAGAAAUUAGAUGCUAAUCACUUUCAGGGAUCAUAGGUAUAACAGGAAUCUGAUACAUUUGUUUUAGGCAACUCUACUGAGAUUUUUACGGGCCCGCAGUUUUGACACGAAGGCUGCUUACAAGUAAGACAUUCUCUUAAUUUACAGUUACUUUGUAUAGUUCAACACAAAUAUAAGUUGAUAGUCCCAUGUAUUUGAUUGAUAAUUGAGGAUUGAGGUUUGUGGCAAAAGCUGUUCGAGAAUGACUGUGGAGAAAUUUUUUGAUAGAGACAACAGAAAACUUUUAAUUGGGUUAAUUUUUUGACACAGCUGAAUUUUUUUCUUUACAUUCAAACUGAGUGAAAUCCUUAGUUCUGAAUUUUUGUAAAGUAAGAUUAUUGUGUAUUGUGAUGCAAGUGUUCUCCCACUCCCAUUUUUUGGUAGCCAGUACAUACAGACCCAGGAGUGGCGUGUUAACAAUGAUAUAGAUCAUGUCCUCGAACGUGAGGUAAGUUUUCUUUGCUUUUUUUAUCAUGAGUGUGAGUAUGAACUUAGUCAGUAAGUGUGCUAGCUCUCAGAUUACAUACAUGUAUUAGUCAAUUCGUCAGCCUGUCAGUCAGUCAGCCAGUCAUUCAGUCAGCUAGUCAGUCAUCAGUUGGUCAGUCAUUCAUUCUGUCAGCUAGCCAGUCAGUCAGUUGGUUAGUUGAUAAUACGUUAGCAAGUCAGUUAGGCAGUCAUUCAGUCUGUCAGUCAGUCUGUCAGUCAGUCAUUCAGUCAGUCAUUCAGUCAACUAGCCAGUCAUUCAGUCAAUCAGCAAGUCAGUCAAAUAGUCAGCGAGUCUGUCAGUCAGUCAUUCCAUCAGUCAGUCAGUCAUUCCAUCAGUCAGUCAGUCAUUCAGCUAGUCAGUCUGUCAUUCAGUCCAUCAGUCAGUCAGUCAGUCAGUCAGCAAAUCAGUCAGCAAGUCACUCAGUCAGUCAGCCAGUUGUCAUUCAGCAAGUCAGUAAAUCAGUCAGUCAGUCAGAAAACUACUAUUUAGCCCAUUUGUUCAUUGCACAUUCUUUUAAUGAGGUGAUCAAUCAGACUUUCACUUGUGCAACUAGUGGUCAUUAAAUUAAUGUUACUGUAAUUUUCUGCAAAGUUUGAGAAUUUUUUAAUAAAUGCUUAGCUCUCUUCCCAUUUUGAUUUUCACAAUAAUUUAUUCUCUUAUUUUUCCAGAGACCAUUAGAUGAAGAGAUGAAAAAGGUAUUAAUAUUCUAGACAGGCAUAUAUAUGUCAUGAAGAUCCAGCAAUGUGAAAGGAAUUGUAAAUAGAGGUUUACAUGUAUUUAUUUAAAAGUAUCCUUGGCAAGAUUUUUAUUUAUACAAAUUCACAUUUUUUUCCAUUUAUUUACAUCCAAGAUCGUAUCCUGCAGUUUUCACAAAUAUGAUAAACUUGGACGCCCCUGUUACAUUGAACACACAGGAAGAACUGAUACCACUGCCCUGAUGAAGGUUUGUUCCAAACAUUUAAAAUGGAUCAAUUUUUGUACUGUAUUUGUCACGUAAAAUGUAUUUCUAAAAAGAUCCUUUGUUUCUUUUUUUUAAAUCUCAAAACAGAUUCAAAUUAAGACUUGCUUAUCUUUUUACAUGUAGCUUCCUCAAGACCAAUUCAUAGGAUGGCACAUUUGGAAUAACGAAAGACAAAUUCAAAGAAUGAUUGAACUUUCCACAAAACUUGUGAGUAACUUGAACCCUUUAAGUCCCACUAGUGACCAAGACAGAAUUUCUCCUUACACUGUCAGUACAAUAUCAAGUGGACAAGUAAUGAGAAUAAAGAAAAAUAUCAACUAGGGGAUUAUUAGUUGAUCCAAUACCAAAUUCUCCAAACUAAUAUCAUAUGAAUUAUGUGGUAGACAGUAAGGAGAAUUACUAAUAAGAUCUUGGGAGUUAAAGGGUUAAUAAAAGUUAUACUUGACUUGUCCCCAGUAGCCUACCAAGCAGAUGAGUUAAAGAGAGGUUUGUUGGGAGUCUGGCACUAAUUGUCAGUGCUAGAUCAGGGCGUGAAAUUGCGCCUAAUACAGCCACCAAUGCGACUAAAUUUUUUUACUUUGGCGACCAAAUCCUGAAAAUUAGUCUCCAAAUUGGCGACUGGAAUGUUUCAUCAUAACCUUACUUAGAGAUAUAGUGAAUUAAAAAGAUUUGCAAAGAUAAAUCCGCGGCAAACUUCCUCGUUAAGUUUGUUUCCGAAAUGCAGCACAGGCAGCAAGAUCAAUAACUAGACGCCAUCUUGGAUUUAGGCUAGCUUGAACGUUGCAUAUCAUCCAUCCUAGUGUCCACUUUGUAGCACGUUAAAUAUCUUUUCCCUAACUUAAUUUCUAGAACAAUGACAGCAUUAAAAAAAAAAAAAGGUUUGGUCUUUGAAAAUGGCGACCAACUUCUUUUGAAUUGGCUACCACUUUGAAGAAUUUAGGAGCCAAGUGGCUAUCAGAAAAAAAAUUAAUUUCACGCCCUGUAGAUGCUUUGCAGACCUCUUGCUGGUUGCUUAAGAGAGAAAUUAGAAUCUUGUCACCCCUAAGGAUUAAAAGGGUUGUGACAAACCUUGAAAAUAUGCUGCAAUUACUCAGUAAAUAUGUUUCUGUCUGAGCACAACAGUUGAAAUUAGCAAUCUUGCAAUGUCUUGUAGGCAAAACCACACAAUGCAUGAAGUUUCAUGAGUUGAUGUAAGCUUUGGCCUUAACUGCAUAGUUUUUAAAUGAUCUAUUUAAUAAUAUUAAUUUUAGAAAAUGCAAGACACGCGUUUUUCUUUGAUUUACAGGGACAACCAGUAGAAACAAUGGUUCAUAUUCACGAUAUGACUGGGGCAAGUAUGAGUCUAAGGUAAUUUAAUAAUUAAAAUUAAAUGCUUUGUCUAAUUUCUGUCAACUGUGUACACCCUAACAUCAGUUUGCAUAUUCUCCUUCCUGUUCUCUUUACAUUUCCUAAGGUGCUGGCAAGGAGAAUUUCAUCAACAAUCUAGAGUUUAUUUAGUUGGUGAUCAUUUCCUUUAUUCUCCUAACCUUUGUGUUUGAUUCAGGGGUAAUAUUGUAAAGAGAAAUUAGAUACUUGUCACUCUUAGGGAUGAAAAAGGUUAAGGAUCAGACAGGAUUCGCAGUGUGUAGCCCUAUAAGCUUCUUACUCAUGUUCAAAAUUAUUAGAACUUGAAAUAAUGACAAAUGUACAUGACUGUGUAAGUUAAUUUUGUUUCAGUUCUCCCUCUCUAGAAAGCAUGUAAACAUAUACCUUUCCUUUUACUUCUCAUUAGCCUGUCCAAGUUUUAUAAAUGCUGUCAUUUUUUGAACAGGAAAACCUUGAAUUUCUUUAAAAGAAUAGCAAAACUUGAUCAAGAUUACUACCCUGAAAGAAUGGGAAAGGUACACAUUAUUAGUGUUUGUUAUGUAUGAUAUAAUAGUGCAACUGACUUUUGUCCUCAAAUGUUUUUAGGGAAAAUAUUUGAGUCCUCUCAUUUUUUCAUUGUCCAUGUCACCCCUCCCUAGCAAACAAAACUUCUUAACCUGGGCCUGAAAACUUACUCUGCUUGAAGAGAAAAGUCCACUUAGCCAUCAGGUUCUUCAAUGAAAAGGUGUACAAAAGCUCAAAUGAUUUCCCUGUAGCAAAAUGAAACAGGCUUUCGUGAGGAUUGCGAGGAAUUGAAAUGGUUUAGAUAAGAAACUCAGAAUUAUUUAUCUUGUGGCUGACAGUGAUCCAAAAGGAUUGCAGGCCAUGAAUUGGGCCACAGGUAUCAGGCUGUGAAGUUGAUGGCCACCCAAAACCAUUAAACCUUUAACUCCCAAGAUCUGAUUGUUAAUUCUCCCCUUUAGCUGUUGCACAUUUCCUUGUAAAUUAGUUAUGAGAACUUGAUGCUGGAUCAAGAUAGCAGCUUCUACCUGAUAAGUUUGAAUAUUCUCAUUACCUGUUUGCUGAAUAAUGUAUGGAUAUUGUAGGGAGAAGUUUUAUGUUAAUCACUUCUGGUAGUUAAAGGGUUAAACCCAAAUAUUAUAUUAAUAAUUUGUAAUAUAUUAGGAUCCAGACCCCUUGCAUUAAGGAACUGAAGUACAUGCAGUUGACCUUAAAAAAAUGGCAAGCACAUGGUUCAUGUUGUGAGCUCCAAAAUAUUACAGUCAAAUAACAGUUAUAAUUAUUAUAAAUAAUUAUGUGAUGUCCACUUGUUUUGAUUAAUGAUUUCUACCUGCUAUUUAUUUCAUUUUCAGAUUUUCCUUGUCAACACCUCAUGGUAAGAUAACACAACAAAAAGUUACUUCUUGAUGGCAUAGCUGCCUUUACAUGGUUGCCAUCUUUAUUUUAAACCUGUGAUUUCAAUUGAUUGUGUAGUACACUGAGCUUUUUGAUAUUCACAAAAGAGGAAGCAGGAUUAUUUUCUGAUCCUAAGCUUUGAUGCUUUCUAGGGUUUUUCCAGUCCUUUGGAGAAUAGCCAAGAUUUUCGUGGACCCAAAGACGAGAACGAAAUGUGUUGUGCUUAAAAGCUCAGAGCUCAGCAAACUCUGUGACUAUUUUGAUCCUAAGGAUUUGCCAGAGGAAUUUGGAGGCACUUGUAGAUGUGACAAUGGCUGUCUUCCUCCUAUACCCAAACACAUGGUAAGGUUGAUAGUUUUGACAGUCAAAAAUUGUCAUUCAGUAAGUCCACUCAGGUGAUAUCUCAGGUGAUCAAGAUCUCUGAUUAUUGAAAGAAUCCUCCCUUUGAAUUAAAAAUUUUCAGGGACCUAACUUCCACACAAACUCUACACGAGCUGUUGUCUAGUCUUUUGUUUUGCUGUCUGACACCAUCAUGAAACGACAGCUUGCAUUUAUUUCAACCAAACAUCUAACCCAGGCAUACUCACAGUAUUUAAUCAGAUUUAUUAUUCAUUUACCCCUUUUUCUUGACACAGAUAUGAACCCUUUCACUCCCAAGAUCUCAUCAGUAAUUCUCCUUACUAUCUGUCAUACGAUUCUUGUGAUAUUGAUUUGGAGAAUUUGGUAUUGAAUCAACAAAAAAUCCCCUCAUUGCUAUAUUUCUUUAUUCCCAUUUCUUGUCUGCUUAAGAUUGCAUUGACACUGUAAGGAGAAAUUCUCCUUGGUCACUCAUGGGAAUAAAAGGGUUAAUAAUUUUUAUUUCUUUUGUGAUAAGAAUUGAAAUUGAUUUUUUGUAGCUAGAAGUGAAGGACAAUCCACAACUGAUAGAGCAGACAAUAGGUAUGCCAUUGUACAUCCAAAACAAUAUUUAAAAGGUGGCAUGGGGGGUAAGGUGAGAGAAUUAGGGGUGAUGGAUGAUGAACAAUGACCCUGUUCCCACCCCCCUCAGCAAUGUUUCUUUACCCAGAUCAUAGUUUCCAGAAUCAUACCUGAAUCAAAUCAGGGGGAAAUGGAAACUUUCUGACAUUUCUGUUGUUAUCCCUCAGAAACAAGCUGAAAUUUGCAUGUAGGCCAGUGCUCAAGGCAAAAGGAUUUUGUAACCGUUUUAUCACUUUUAAUGCCCUUAAAGCCUAACCUAUUUUAUUGGAAAUUUAUAUGUAAUCAACAUAUUUUAUUUACAAACAUAACAGAUAUACAAACAUUUUUUUAUAAAACCUUGCUUUAAACCACUGAUGGUUCUUUGUAUUAUAAGUUAUUAUUGAUAUUAUCUUUUGUAAAGCGAUUAUAAAUUAUCUAUCUUUCCAUUACUUAUGACUCCUACUUUGCUUGGUCAGUAGUGCUCUUAAUUCAUCUCUGAUUCCAUCUUUAAUGAAAACAAGCCUCAACUCCUCAGUUGUCAAUGCUUGCAGUAACAUUAUAAAAAUAUGAUUGUGAAUUUCUAAAAAAAUUUAUAUCCUGCAGGACCCAAGAAAUCAUUUACAUAUGAAGUAAACUGUGAUAACAAGAAAGCUGACACGUCCAUAGCAUGGUAUUUUAAAGCUACAAGGUGACUCUCAUUUAAUUUUAGUACACAAAAGUCCAUUUUACGGUUGCACGCUUGGUUGCUAAGUCUUUUUUUCAGGAGUGAGGUUAAGGGUGACCUUGUUAUGAUACAAACUUUGCUGUGUUUCAAAUACAAAUUUAUUUGUUAUCAUGCUCACUAGAUACUGGUCUCCAUGACGACACAUGGUCACCUUCAGCCUCACUUCGAAUCAAAGGCUUGGCAACUAAGUACACAACUGUAAAAUGGCCUAUUGAUCAACUGCCCUUAAUCUUUCAAAUGUUGCAAUAGGGUUUUUCUAGACUGGCUUUUUUAUAUAGUACAGGUGCAUGAACUUGUUUACAGAGAAAAAUAACCAGAGAUAAAGAUCUACCUGUCUAGUCUAACCUAACUCAGUCAAUAAGUAUUGUAUGGUAUUAUUACCCCUAUUUUUUCUCUUUGUUACUUUUUGUGCGACUGGAUGGCUUUUUCUGGUCUGCUUGUACCGUUAUGUUUGGCUACAUACUAGGUUUUAUUAUGAUCUUAAAAGAAAAACUUGUGAGUCUGUAUACUGGUCUAAUGAUGUUGAUCAUUAUUUCUUGUUUUGUAGUAAAGAUAUUCAAUUUGGAAUUAAGUUCAAGGCCAAGCCUCAUUCAGGAUGGAAAGACAAUGAAAAUGAAAUUGAGGAGAUCUGGGUUGAGGAGCUUGAGCCAAUUACAGAAUGUGAUAUAUCAGUGACUGGGUAAGGUUGGAUCUAGUGCAUAAUUCUCCCCUCUAAGAGGUAUAUAUUUCCCUGUAAAUGAGUGGAGAGAAUUUGGUGUUAUAUCAAUAUCAGGCUGAUUUACCUGCUUCAAGGAUAACUUUAACUCUUGAACUCCUAGCGGUGAUUCAUAUGUAACUUCUCCCUUUAAUAGCCAUAGAUUAUCCAGCAAACAAAUAAUGAGAAUGCUCAAAAUAAUCAGGCAUAUGUUAUUAUCUUGAUCUAACACCAAAUUCUGGCAACUAAUUUACAAGGAAAUGGGUAGCAGCUAGAGGGGGGAAUUGAUAAUCAGAUCUUGAGUGUUAAAGGGUUAAGGAAAAGUUAAAUGAAUUAACUUUGGUAAGCCAUUUCAAUUUGUGACACCUGUCAAUCCCUUAUCAUGGGUAACCCAUUCAAUUUCUGUCAGUUUUCUGUCAGUCUUUAACUUGGUAUUUUAUGUCUGUUACUAAGCCUAUUCAAGGUCUGACACCUGUCAAUAUCUGUACAGCACACUAAGUAUGCACAUCCCUGUGUCUAAAAUUUAUCAAUAUCUUUCUCACCAGUCAGUGUGUUUUUAUGAUUGACACUUGUCUAUAACCUUUCAGUUUCUACACUCCACCUUGUCCUGGUAUUUGCACCUUAGUGUGGGACAAUUCAAACUGCAAGUGGCUCUCAAGAACAAUCAAGUAAGAACACCAACCUUAAAAAUAUUGCAAAGUAGUUAAGGGUCUUGAGGUGCGUUUCUCAAAGGUUGCAAUAACUUAAUGGCUUAGAAAACAAAAUGGGCUGGUUAGGGUGGUGGAAACUGUUUCUCGAUUCUUUAAAUUUUGAUUCUAGAAUAUGGCUUUGGGCCUGUUAAGUUAUUGGGCCUUUCAAGAAAUGGUACCUUGAUCAUGUCUAGCCAGUGAAAGGGCUGUGUUUAUCAAUACAGUGGUCAAACGUCUGCACAUGUGGGAACGUUAUGAUAAUCAGAUGGCAUGUUUUCAGCCUGUCAGAACCAAGUUGUUUGAGUUACCAACAACCUGUGCGAGCCAGUAAGUCACAGAGUUUUAGGGUUAGGGGUUAAAAAGAUAAAUAAAGAGGAUUCCUGUAUUUGUAGAGGCUUUGUGCUCAACAAGCCUUGAGUUUUCCUUUUACCUACUUUUGUUUCCAUUUAAAGAUUUCUAUGGACAGUUCAAUUUUCUUUUGCAUAUGUUGCAACACAGCAGUUUUUUCUUAUCUUUUACUUUGAAAUUUUGCAUGGGAAAUUGGCACACAACUGGCCAAAAAUGAUCCCCUCACACAAACCCGAUAUUUGACCACUGUGUUACAUCCAUCACUGUCAAGGGGCUACAUCACAGCCCGUGCAAUCUACCAAACCUACGGUCACCAGACCAUGCAGCUAUCCUUGUUUCUUGUCAGUUUAUUGAUUACCCCUCUGUUUUUGUUGUUGUUGUUGUUGUUGCUUUUUUUUGUUUAGCUAAACUCAUAUUUUGUUGUCUCUUUCCCGUUGCAGUUAAUUUACAUUUGCUUGAUGCAAAAAAUUAUUCAAUAUGAUUGUAAGAUUUCUGGUCCUCUUUCUAGGUACCAUGUCAUGGUCAGUGAGGUAGACUCUGAUGAAGAAAUAUCAACUAAUGGUAACAAAGAAAUUUGCUAAACAGCAAGUAUUGUUGGGGCAGCUUGUAGAAUGCAGUAUCCAUGUGCUAAUUAACACUUAGAAUAUGGGCUGGAGAUCUCUAUCGUAUAAUGGUUGAUGAGGGCAAAGCCUGAUUAUUAUGUAAUGAAAUCUAAAGCAAAUAAUCUAAUUGCUUUGGUAUAAAUCUAUUUGUCUUUGAAAACAUAACAACAACUUAUUUUAAGACAGUCUCAUGUUGUUGUGGCUACUGCCUCCUAUAGGAGGUGAAGCCACAGAAUGAUGUUACAUUGUUGAGAUGAGUAACUGAGGGAGUUUUACAAUAGAAUUCCGAUCUUGACCCAGUUUUGAUCAGAUGUUUCUGGGUGCUACUUAUUGUUUGAUUCAUUCACACAACACACUGGUAAGUUUUCUCCUUUUGUGAUUUCUGGCUUAUAGCCUCUAACACAUUAUUUUUUGUAGAUAUAGGCAUUUGAUAUGUAACAUUAUAUGAUAAGCUGAGUUAUACAUGCAUUUGGAUUGGUUCUUAUUUAUAUGUCAGAAGACGGAUGCAAAGAUAACAUUGAAAAAUUUCAGUGAUCCACCCAGCUGCACUUGGGGUGCUACUUUUUUGUUUUAACCUCAUUAUUCUGUCGUCUGUGAUUUUUUACUGAACAGACACAGAAACAUGGAAUCUAAUCAUUAACCCCUUAACUCUCAGGAGUGACCAAGACAGAAUUUCUCCUUACAAUAUCAAUUCAAUGUCAAGAUGACAAGUGAUGAGAAUAAAGAGAAACAUCAGUCAGGCUAUUAUUAGUUGAUCUAAUACCAAAAUCUCCAAGCUAACGUCAUGAGAACUGUAUAGCAGACACUGAGGACAGUUGCUUAUGUGAUCUGGGAGUGAAAUGGUCAAACUUUUCCUAAUUUUAAUACACAAUCAAAAAUAAGAAGAACAAAAUUUUUUAACCAGGAAAUAUGUCUGGUCACAUCCUUUUAAGCCUUUAACUAAAUGAUUAACAUAUAACUUCUCACCUAUAACAUCCACACAUUAUCCAGACGAAUAGUAUUGGGAAGACUCAAACUUAUCAGGUAGAAGUUAGUAAUCUUGAUCUAACACCAAAUUCUCAUGACUUAUUUACAAGGAAAUAUGUAGCAGCUAGAGGGGAGAAUUAACAAUCAGAUCUUUGGAGUUAAAGGCUUAACAUCUAAAAGGAAUUUUUCUCUCCAUAAAGGACGGUGGAUAUUUUCAUAGCAUAGGUUUUAACUGUGGCAAUUAUAUAUGGUAAAUUAUUAGUUAAUGGUAAAUGAUAACAACAUUAUUUAUUAGUGAGAGUUACCCUGCAAUUAGAAUUCAAGUUAUUUAAUGGAAUGAUCAUGAAUUCUGGAAAUAUUUUUCUAGUGAUAAACCAUUUAACAAGUUAUUUAAACAGCUUAUGAUACUCAUGUAAGGAUACUUGCCAUGAUCACUUAUUCAUUACAAACAUGCUGCUUGAUGGAAAGUGAUAAUUAUUAAUAUGUUGGUGAGAGUUAUUUCUAGUGAAUUUCUAGGUUUCCCUCAGAUAUUUGUAGCACGAGGUUGAAAACUGCUAAUUGUGUAUAUAAAUAGAGGAAGACUCAACGAAUUAUGAGAUUCAGAGCAAACGAGCAUUUUUAGCUUUGUUCUUCAACUUCAUACAAUUUGGACAUACGCUGAAUUCUAAAAAGUGUUACAAUAUCUUUUUCACUAACUUAUGGUAUUUUCCUAUUUUUCAUACGCAGAAAACGUUUUUAUGGGACUCAAUGUGAAGUGUUAAUGAUAUUUUCCAAGAGAAAAAAAAGGGUUGAUCUUAUCGCUAUUAAUGAAAUAUUUUCCAAGAGAAAAUAUUUAUUUAAACUUGGUUGUAUGUAAUUUUGUGAAACAAGCUAAAAAUGUCAUGGUCGGGUGUUUCAACUUAAUAGGGCUGUUUUAUAGUUCUUUGAUAAAUUUCAAGUAUUGCUUCUAACUAAUAUUUGAAACUUUUUCUACUGACAUAGAAGUGUACUCAGUUAUCAGAGAAUACUUUUCUGAAAAUCAGCUAAAAUCAUUCUAUAAGCGUUAACCACUGCUUAGACGUUUCCCGCGCUUUUAGUUUGCUAUUUGUUUGCAAUCCCUUGUUGCAGUUUUCCCGCUCAUUUUGUCCCGCUCAUAUUUUCCCGCUCAUUUUUCGCGCCAUAAGACUGGCUGCUUCGGAUUUUUGUAUUCGGUAAUAAAAAGGGGUCCAUUACCUCGAAGAAUUUCCAGCCAAUCAGGUUCAAUCAAUCCAGAAGCGUUGCCAAUGGUUACACGUUUCUCGCGCUUUUCGAUAAGCUGGUUGCAUUUUUCUCGCCCAUUUUUUCCCGCGCUUUUACCGGCUCCUUCGGGUUAUGAUUGGUUUAUUCUGUAGCCCGUAGUUGGUCUCUUUUCACGCUGCACAACUUUGGCUAAGCUCGACGCUACAAACCAAUACUUUUUUAAGUGGUAAGUUCCAAGAGACUUAAAACUAAUGCGAUUAUUUAAGUAUUUAUUGGCUUAAUGUGGCUGUUUAUUUACACUUACUUUCAGUCCUUUUUCAAAAUAUUUGAACAAGAGAAGAGUAA